UGUACGAUGACGGUAUUAUCUCCAAAUAUGACCCAACAGAAUGGUGAUCCUCGUCACUCCCUACCACUCGCCUUCCCCCCCUCACCACUAACCCAUGGCGGAUCCAACCCAUUUCGCAAUUUCAGGGAGCCACAAAAUACAUCAGAACCCACCAUUCUGUCUAAAUUCCAAAAUGCGCAUCCUUUCACGAUUCAUCUUUCUCCCCUGACCUCCACCCUUCCUAGAAAAUACACCUUGUAAUUUGUAUAAUAGGAGUUGCAUUCCUUUUUCCCCCUCAUGCAUAUUAGUAAUUGAAGAAUUGAGCAUCUUUUUUUUUUUUUAAUUUAUAGUCAACCCAGAUGAACUUUUUAUUUUUUAUUUUUCAAAUUUAGCUGCAUUUCAAUCCGGAAUUUAGCAGCAUUGCCCGUUACAAGGAAGAGUUUUUCUAUCUCUGCUCCUCUUUUUAUUUUUUUUUUCUUAAAAAAAAUUGUUGUUGUCAAUUUGCGUUGAAGAAUUAUUGGCCGUUGGAUUGACGUUAGUAGAAAUGAUUGGGGUUACCAAUAAGUCGUUGAUUCUCCUGGGCUGUCCUGAGUUGGACUUUGGGAAAUCGACAUCGUCAUCGUCCAGGAAGUUAGGGUUCCCUAAGCAACGGGUACCGGUUAGCUUUGAUUUCUGUGGAAUUAAUAAAGGCUUGAGUGGUAGUCCCCCAGUGAGAUCGAGCUUUCUGGCGCCACUUAAGGCAAUGGACGGCUCCAGAACGUCGUCGACGGCGUCUUCGUCCUACCUCAAUGACAAAGUUGCCAACUUUCCCGAAAUUCACCUUUCUGGUUGCAAUUCCGACGAUAACGUCACAGUAAAUGAUUGUAAAGAUGUGUUGAAAACGUCUACAGUGGGGAAUUCAACGAAUAUAGUUUGGCACAAAUGUUCUGUGGAAAAAAGUGACAGGCAGGAGUUGCUUGGGCAAAAAGGUUGUGUCAUAUGGAUUACCGGUCUAAGCGGUUCAGGAAAGAGCACCUUGGCAUGUGCUUUAUGCAGAGGGUUGCAUGCCAGGGGAAAGCUUACCUACAUACUUGAUGGUGAUAACGUUCGGCAUGGUCUCAAUCGUGAUCUUAGCUUUAAAGCAGAAGAUCGAGCAGAGAACAUUAGAAGGAUCGGUGAAGUUGCAAAGCUCUUUGCUGAUGCUGGAGUUAUUUGCAUCGCCAGUUUGAUAUCUCCCUACAGAAAGGACCGAGAUGCCUGUCGCGCUUUGCUGCCAGAUGGGGCUUUCAUUGAGGUCUUCAUGGAUGUGCCUCUGCAAGUUUGUGAGGCAAGGGACCCUAAGGGCUUGUACAAACUUGCACGAGCUGGAAAAAUUAAAGGCUUCACAGGGAUUGAUGACCCAUACGAGCCGCCACUUAAUUCAGAGAUAGCGUUACACCAGAAGGUUGGGCUAUGUGAUUCUCCACAUGAUUUGGCUGAAACAGUGAUCUCAUACUUGGAGGAAAAAGGAUACCUGGAGCCAUAAUUUGCAUAUGCCUGCCUCUUCAAUGGACAUUGAGGCACCGACUGCUGUACAUUUCAAAAUAAUAAUAAGCUUCAUGUAAAGGAAACUGCUCGUUUCCUUUGUGCACAAUUUGUCAUGUAUCCUGUAAAUUUAUUACUUCCAUUGAUUUGAAUGUAAACCGUUCGUAGACUCUUUUUUUAAAAGAAUGUAUUGCGACUUUUAGUA